AUGAGAAAUUACAUUGAGCCCCUAGCUCUUUUCAUCUGCCUGAUUUCCAACGUCAAAGCCUUCAAAGUUUCCUUUUACAAGAACACCAAUUGCGCAGGUGAAUUCCUGGGAACAUGGGUUGGAGGAGAAGGCCAGGGUUGCCGUCAGGAAUACGCCGGUCUUGCUGAGGGAGUUGUCGUCGAAUCUACUGGAUCAGUCGAUGAUUUUACGACCGUGCAAUUCUAUACCUCGGACGACUGUACACCAGGAACCGAAGUCAGUCAGGCUGAUGUAGGAUGUCUCACUGUUGACCAAGCCGUCGUCGGGGCAUACAAGUCAUUCCAGGUCAUCCACAGCAGUCCAUUAGCCUCAAAUUCAGCAUCCAGGCGUCGAUCUCCUAUCAACCGUCGGUACCCCUUCCCGCUGGCCUCUACCACCGAGACGGUCCCUCCACCCCCAACGAUUUACCAUGGAAUGGAACUCUCAUUUGACGGCACAAGUUACAAAUUGCAUCAGAUACAUGCCAAUGGCUACAUAGGCAUACUACCAGAUGAGUGGGAUGACGCGAUCCACACCAUGAACAACGCCGAACUGGUCCCUUAUGGCCUGUUCCCAAACAUUACAGGCCGGGAAGUGGACCAACGAGACUUGGUUUCAUCCUUGUGCGAAACAUUUGCCACAUGUGUCUCGGCAGCGGCAGAGCAUGCAGUCAGUCUCAGGGAUGCCCUCGUCCCGUAUUUCAACCGGGUAAGGACUGCAGCACAAGCUCGUGGGCAGACGGCCUUCGAAUUCUUAAAAGGCCCUUUCUUCCAACAAGUCGCUGUCGAUACUGUCGCUGGACUGGCUCCGGCUGUCGUUGGAGGCGUUGUUCAAGCUGUGGUAGGAGCCCAGGUGGCAGGCAACACAAACAAUGCUGCAUCUUGUUCUCAAGAGAAAGAUCAAAUCGACGCCCUCAUAUCGAUUGUGCAGUCUCAGAUAUCGGCGCUGGACGCGGCUUCAGCAAAAAUAACAGCUCAGCAGAAUGAUGCUGGUGACGAGGUUUUCACAGUGACUGUUACGGUUGUGGCCUGCGGUACAAGCCUCGUCGGCGCCAACUGCGGCGUCCCUGCUAGUUUCUGCCCGUCCUAG